AUGGCGUCGAACCAAGCAAAGAACGGCGCUGUCGCCACGAACGGGUACAGCAAUGAGAAGUCUUCUUCUUCAGCUUCGUCAAGCCAGAAGAAGAAUGACUCUCCUGCCCCUGCUCACGACAAGAGUGAGGGUCUUGUGAAGAGUAUCAAGAAGCUCCGCCUAGCUUCCAAGAGACCUCUUCCAACAGAGAUGGGCGAUGGAUCGUACCGAAAUGUUCAGAAGCGUCCGGGCUUGAAGCAGGAUGUUCGUCGUCUUCGAGGAAAGGAUCUCAAGACGUUGUUCGAGAUUAUCCAGAGUAAACUCAAGGGUGAGACGCAGCAGGAUGACAAGACCAUGAUCAUGGAGCGAACGAUACAGCUCGUUGCGAACUUGAGCGAUCACUCCAAGGUCCAAGAAGCUUUGACGAACAGCUUCAUCGCACAGCUUUGGAACUCAAUUGAUCAUCCGCCUAUGCUGUACAUGGGAGACAAGUUCCGCUUCCGCCAGCCUGACGGAUCUUGGAACAACCCUUAUCUUCCUCAGCUCGGUGCUGCUAGAACACCCUACUCAAGAACAGUUCGUCCGAAGGGCAUGAGCUUGGGUGCUCAGCCUGACCCUGAGGCUAUCUUCGAGUCUCUCUUUGCCAGAGAUGGAUUCCGCAAGAACCCCAACAAUGUGUCCAGCAUCCUCUGGUACUGGGCCACUAUCAUCAUCCAUGACCUCUUCUGGACCAACCUGAAAGACCCAGACCAGAACGACUCAUCCUCUUACCUCGAUCUCGCUCCCCUCUACGGCUCAACUGAGAAAGACCGCGACUCGAUCCGUACAUUCAAGGAUGGUCAGCUCAAGCCCGACUGCUUCGCUGACAAGCGUCUCAUCGGCAACCCUCCCGGUGUCCCCAUCCUUCUCAUCAUGUUCAACCGCUUCCACAACCACGUCGCAACUAACCUCGCCGACAUUAACGAGGGUGGUCGCUUCAGCAAGCCUGGUGCUCACCUCGGCGAAGAAGCUGCUGCUGCGGCAUGGAAGAAGCGUGAUGAGGAGCUUUUCGAGACAGCAAGACUGGUCACCAGUGGAUUGUACAUCAACAUCACUCUUAUUGACUACGUCCGCAACAUCAUCAACCUUAACCGUGUUGACACUACUUGGACCCUCGACCCUCGUCAGGAGAUGGGUGUCUCAGUCGGUACUAAGGACCUGUCCGAGAGCGGUACUGGAAACGUCGUCUCAGCAGAGUUCAACCUGUGCUACCGCUGGCACUCGUGUCUCUCUGAGAUGGACGACAAAUGGGUCCAGGACUUCUACACGCAGCUCCUCGGUGAGAACUACGGUCCCAUGAACCUCCAGACCAUGAUGAAAGCUCUCAAGGCAUUCGAAGCCUCUGUCGCCGAUGAGCCUUCUGAGCGUACCUUCGGUGGCUUCAAGAGAGGCCCCGACGGCAAGUUCAAUGAUGAUGAGCUCGUUGAGGCACUCGCUACUGCCAUUGAACAACCUGGCGGUGCGUUCGGUGGCCGUAACGUCCCACGCAUCAUGAAGCCCAUCGAGAUGCUGGGUAUCAUGCGCGGUCGCAAGUGGAACUUGGCCGGUCUGAAUGAGUUCCGAAAGCACUUUGGCCUCAAGGCGUACGACACCUUCGAGGAUAUCAACUCCGACCCUCAAGUCGCUGACGCCCUGCGAAACCUGUACCAGCACCCCGACUAUGUCGAGCUGUACCCUGGUAUCGUCGCAGAGGAGGCAAAGACUCCUAUGUCUCCGGGUGUGGGUAUCGCUCCCACGUAUACUAUCUCCCGAGUGGUUCUCUCUGACGCUGUGGCCCUUGUUCGUGGUGACAGGUACUACACCACCGACUACCACCCGCGCAACUUGACCAACUGGGGUUACAAGGAGGUUGACUACGACCUCAAGAUCAACCACGGAUGUGUCUUCUACAAGCUCUUCCUGCGCGCAUUCCCCCAGCACUUCAAGGGCAACUCUGUCUACGCGCACUACCCCAUGGUUAUUCCUACAGAGAACCAUAAGAUUCUCACUGACCUCAAGCGCGUAGAGCGUUUCGACUUCAGCCGUCCCGCGCCUACAGCAACACGCAUCAACAUCGUGGGUUACAAGGCUGCCAAGUACAUCCUUGAGGACCAGACCAAGUACCGCGUCUGCUGGGAGGAGGGCCUCAAACACCUCAUGGGCGAAGGAGGUGGCCGCUUCAUGCUCUCGGGCGACACAGCAUUGCACGCUCAGCAGCGCAAGUGCAUGGGUCACCUGCUGUACAACGAUACCUGGCGCAACGCCGUCAAGUCGUUCUACGCCACAACGGCCGAGAUGCUUCUGAAGGAGAAGUCGUACAAGCUCGCGGGGAAGACGCAGGUUGACGUUGUGCGCGACGUUGGUAACGUUGCACACACUCACUUUGUCGCCAGAAUGUUCAACCUUCCCCUCAAGACCAAGCAGAACCCCAAGGGUGUCUUCUCCGAGCAGGAGCUGUACAUGAUCCUUGCUGUCAUCUUCGUGUGCAUCUUCUUCGACAUUGAUCCCGCAAAGUCUUACCCUCUGCGACAGGGCGCUCGAGAGGUCGCUCAGCAGUUGGGUAAGAUCGUGGAGAUGAACGUCAAGCUUGCCAACAGCGUCGGCGUCAAGGGACUCUUCACCAGCAAGCCCAACAAGAACGAUGACCCGCUUGCUGCGUACGGUGAGAACAUGGCCAAGGGCCUGAAGAAGGCUGGUCUGAGCACCGAGGAUAUCGUGUGGAGCCAGAUCCUGCCCACUGCUGGGGCUAUGGUGCCGAAUCAGGCUCAGGUGUUUGCUCAAACCCUGGACUGGUACCUUUCUCCUGCUGGUGAGAAGUAUCGCCCUGAGCUUCACCGCAUUGCGGCGCUGGAGACAGGCGAUGAGACAGAUGCUUUGCUUCUCGGCUACGCGAUGGAAGGUAUUCGCAUGGCUGGUACUUUCGGACUCUACCGUGAAGCCGCGGUAGCCGACGUCAUUCAAGAGGAUGACGGUCGUGAAGUUCCUGUUCAGCCUGGUGACCGAGUCUUUGUCUCGUUUGUCUCGGCUGCCAAAGACCCGAACAUCUUCCCCAACCCUGAAGUGGUCGAUCCUCGACGCCCUCUGGACUCAUACAUCCACUAUGGCGCAGGCCCACAUGCCUGUCUUGGCAGGGACAUCAGUCAGGUUGCGUUGACAGAGCUGUUCAGGGCAUUGUUCAGGAAGAAGGGACUUAGGAGAGUGGCUGGUGCGCAGGGAGAAUUGAAGAAGGUUCCCCGACCUGGUGGUUUCUUUGUCUACAUGACUGAGGACUGGGGCAGCAUUUGGCCGUUCCCUACAAGCAUGAAGGUUACUUGGGAUGAAUGA